UACCGACAACGCGACUCGUUUACAGGCAGCGUUACAGUCAUGAUCCUCCAUACGUGAUUUAUAAUCUGCGGGUGAUUAGCCCUUUCUAGAGUACAUGUGCCAGCCAAUGGACUCUGAUUCCGUCAGCGUCGCCCACUCGCCGCUGUGACAUCGCCGGUUAAAUUUAAAUUGAAUUUUUCAGGACCCUGCAGGCCAGAAGCAGACAGACUCUCCGGGCCCUCGGUUGCGGCCAAGUUGCCGAAAGUCGGGAGCCGAUCGGGUGGGGGGAUCGGGAGAUUUCCCCCGAUGGAGCAGUGAAAACUGGAGAUACGGAAGAGCAUCCGAAUUUCACUCGACUAAUAGCUUGCUUACCAGAUGCCCAUGGGUGACACGGACGUGGCGCUGUCUCCCGCCCAGAUGGAGGAACUCCAGCGGAGCCCCUCAGCCUCCUCCACCUCUGCCUCCUCCUGCCCCUCCUCUCCCUCCAGCUCCUCCUCCUCGUCCUCCUCCUGCUUCAGCCACCUGCAGCAUCAGCGGUGCCGCUCGGCCGGCCCCGGCAGCCCCGGCAGCAGCAGCAGCAGUGACGGCGUGCGGGGCGGCAGCCCACCGCUGGGCGUCAUCUCCGAGGGCGUGGCAGAGAUCGGCCCGCUCAUCGACCCCGAGGUGGCCAGGAGGGCCUGCCAGGAGGUGCUGCAGAAGGUCAGGCUCCGCGAGGGCGAGGAGGCGCGGCCGGCCCUCGGGAUCCGCGAGGAGGAGGGGGGCGAGGGCGAGGGGAGGCCGUCCCCGGGGGCGGGGCGGGGGCAGACGCGGGGGGGCGCAGCCAAGCAGUCCUGGCUCCUGCGGCUCUUCGAGUCCAAGCUCUUCGACAUCUCCAUGGCCAUCUCCUACCUGUACAAGUCCAAGGAGCCAGGCGUGCAGGCCUACAUCGGCAACCGGCUCUUCAGCUUCCGGGACGAGGACGUGGACGUGUACCUGCCGCAGCUGCUCAGCAUGUACGUGCACAUGGACGAGGACGUCGGGGACGCCAUCCGGCCGUACGUGGUGCACCGCUGCCGGCAGAGCAUCAGCUUCUCGCUGCAGUGCGCCUGGCUGCUGGGCGCCUACUCCUCCGACAUGCACAUCUCCACCCAGCGCCACUCGCGCGGCAGCCGGCUCCGAAAGCUCAUCAUGUCCGAGGAGCUGAAGCCCGCCGGGGGCCACCGGCCGCCCCCACGCCGCGACCCCGCCCCGCCCCCCUGCCCCCCCGCGGCCGAGCCCUGCCUGUCCCCUUCCAAGCGCACCCACCAGCGCUCCAAGUCGGACGCGGCGGCCAGCGUCAGCCUUGGCGGCGGUCUGAAGAGAACGGCCAGCAACCCCAAGGUGGAGAGCAGCCAGGAGGAGGGGCUGAGCGACAGCACCGAAAGCCUCCAAUCAGAGACUGGUACACCGGUUCGCCUGACCCCCCAGCGGGAGUUCAUGAAGUCCCUGAUGGGCAUCGGGAAGCGCCUGGCCACGCUGCCCACCAAGGAGCAGAAAACGCAGCGGCUGAUCUCCGAGCUGUCGCUGCUCAACCACAAGCUGCCCGCCCGCGUCUGGCUGCCCACCGCCGCCUUCGACCACCACGUGGUGCGCGUGCCCCACACCCAGGCUGUCGUGCUCAACUCCAAGGACAAGGCUCCGUACCUGAUCUACGUGGAGGUGCUGGAGUGCGAGGGCUUCGAGACGUCUAGCGUGCCCGCGCGGAUCCCGGAGGCGCGUAUCCGCUGCACGCGCUCGGCGGAGAACCUUCCGGACUGCGGCAUCACGGCCGAGCAGCGCGCCGGCAGCUUCUCCACCGUGCCCAACUACGACAACGACGACGAGGCCUGGUCGGUGGACGACAUCGGCGAGCUGCAGGUGGAGCUCCCAGAGAUCAACACCAACAGCUGUGACAACAUCUCCCAGUUCUCUGUGGACAGUCUCACCAGCCAGGAGAGCAAAGAGCCCGUCUUCAUCGCCGCCGGCGACAUCAGGAGGCGUCUGUCCGAGCAGCUGGCCCACACCCCCACCACAUUUCGGAGAGACCCGGAGGACCCCUCAGCGGUGGCUUUGAAGGAGCCCUGGCAGGAGAAAGUCCGACGGAUACGGGAGGGCUCGCCCUACGGCCACCUCCCAAACUGGCGCCUGCUCUCGGUCAUCGUCAAGUGCGGGGACGACCUGCGUCAGGAGCUGCUGGCCUACCAGGUGUUGUGCCAGCUGCAGUCUAUCUGGGAGCAGGAGAGGGUUCCUCUCUGGAUCAAGCCGUAUAAGAUCCUGGUGAUCUCGUCGGACAGCGGGAUGAUCGAGCCGGUGGUGAACGCUGUGUCCAUCCACCAGGUGAAGAAGCAGAGCCAGCUGUCCCUGCUGGACUACUUCCUCCAGGAGCAUGGGAACUACACCACCGAGGGCUUCCUCACCGCCCAGCGCAACUUUGUACAGAGCUGCGCCGGCUACUCCCUCAUCUGCUACCUGCUGCAGGUGAAGGACAGACACAAUGGGAACAUCCUGUUGGACUCUGAGGGCCACAUCAUCCACAUCGACUUCGGCUUCAUCCUGUCCAGCUCCCCCCGCAACCUGGGCUUCGAGACGUCAGCCUUCAAGCUCACCAGCGAGUCUGUGGACGUAAUGGGUGGUCUGGAUGGCGACAUGUUCAUCUACUACAAGAUGCUGAUGCUGCAGGGUCUGAUUGCCGCCCGGAAGCACAUGGAGAAGGUGGUGCAGAUCGUGGAGAUCAUGCAGCAAGGUUCCCACCUGCCCUGUUUCCACGGCUCCAGCACCAUCCGGAACCUGAAGGAGCGCUUCCACAUGAACCUGACGGAGGAGCAGCUGCAGGUGCUGGUGGAGCAGAUGGUGGACGGGUCCAUGCGCUCCAUCACCACCAAGCUGUACGACGGCUACCAGUACAUCACCAACGGCAUCCUGUAAACACACGCGCGCACACACACAUACACACGCGCGCACACACAGAACCGGACUCCUCUACAGACUACGGAGGCCACGCCUCCUUCUUCUGUCACCCGACACCGUGCCCGAAGCCCCUCCCCUUGGCGCUGUCAUGGCUCCUCCCCUGUGAGGGAGUCGGCGUUCUCUCUGCUGCUGGGGGACCCUGCGGGAGCCCAGGGGACACGGCCGGGUCGUGCCGUCAUCAACACUUCUGCUCUUGCGUACCUCUGUGCCACCGGUCACCCAGUCUCUCUCGAACCCUCCCCUCACGCCCCGUCUCCUGCCUCUGCCUCCCAUCACGCAUUGCAGUCGAGACGCUGCCCGGUUUCACUCGUUGCCCCCCCCCCUCCCUGUCUGCUUUCGCGGUCUGGGGGCUGUGUGCUUGCUCUGCGCCACUGCGGCCCUCUGAGUCUGGGACUGCAGCGGACGCAGGGUGACAUCACAGAGCACUGGGAUUCACACUGGCUGCCUUUAAGUAAACUUAUUUCCAUGAACUGGGACCGGUAAAUUUGCCAUUAGGAAGAAAAAUUGCAUUAAUUAAACUGUUAUUCCUUGGUGGUAAUUCAGAAAAGACUAUGGUUAGGUAAUGCUUGCAAAAGUCCCAUUUCUUGAAAAAAGAAACAUACUGAAAAUGAAAUGGUCUCAAUUUAAUUUUAUUAUAGUUGUUUUAUUGUAGUUUUAACCCAAACAGUGUUUUUAAGCUAUUCAAGGCCCAAGCCAUAAUCUGUGGAGACUGAGUUUCAUUUGUAAAGCGCUAUGCAUUGAAAGUAGUCUCAUUUUAAAGCUUUUAGCGUACUACACAUCUAUACUGGGUGGCUCUUGCAUAUGUAUGUUUUAAUCCCUGAGGUAGUAAGUACGUAAGGUGUCAUUUCAGUUGCAGGCUUUGCCUAAUGCAAAGCUCCAGGUCCCUGUCCUGGCAGGAGGAUUGCCUUGUAGCCCAGUGUAGGCGUCCCCCAUACCGCCAGGCCUUAAGCUCCAAAUCUCUGACCUAUAUGGGUUCCGCUUAACCUGUUGACGGAGCGUUUUGUAAACAGAGGGGCGGUGGGUCGGUGCCUCGUUCUCUGUGGACUGAAAAUUCAAAGGGAAGGGAGGGGCUAGCAGGUGAAACAUGGCCACACGUUCACCUUCCUACACUGCUGGGCACUGGGGUUGCCUGGGCUUGGAGAACAGGACAGGCCUGAGAGCACACGCCAUUGGCCCGCUGAUGACCCCUCCCCCUGGCCCUGCUCCUCCCAUUUUUCAGUGAGAAGGCGGAGGAGUUUGGGGGUAGGGGGGGAGGCAUUGAGGUGGACAAUAAUAACACUUAAAGUUUUUGAAUGCCCCCUCCUUGUAUGGCAUUUAAUGCAUGUGACCAAGGGGCAUGAAAGCACACAAAUGCACCAGUCAUUUCAAGGUAAACUGCUGCCCAGGAGGGCAGUGCAAGAACACUUACAGCAUCUGCAUUGGGACUGCUGUCCUUUUUACAUUAUGGCAAAGAACAGCACAGUGAUAUCAAAUGGACUUGAACCUUACCUUGAACCUCUUACCCUCUCUAAGACACAAAUCCACCCCCCCCCCCAACCAGAAACAAGCUGAUAUUUUACAUAUUUUAGAUGUUUUUAGGAGGCAGAACUGGACUUUUGAAUCGUCACGCUGACUGUGAAGCCACUAAGGAGGAUCGUAAUGAAGUCACUGGCGCUGAAGACAAUAUUGUGGAAGCGCAGUAUUUCUGUGGACAUUUUCUGAGGUUCCCUCAUACUUGAACAAAUAGGUUAUGUAGCUGUGGUUUUCAAAAAAAGGAGGUAGUCAGGAGAGCAAAAAAAUAACAAAAAAAGACUUUA